AUGCUGAAAUCUAUUUUGGAUCGGGCUUUCUUGGAAAUCGAUGGUCAGAAGGCGACUUGGGACCAGAUGUUGCGAUUCUCACUCUCUGCUGCAGUACUGCGCAGCCCUAUCGAGCAUGUACUCAAGAUUGGGCACCCUAUCAAUGUGUGCGAUGAUAUGACAGAUGGCAAGCUCGCGGACUGGAAAUUGUUGCCAGAUAUACCAACACCUGGUUUGGGUAAAGGCUGGAAUUACACACCUUUGGCCGCCGCAAUAUUAGGAGGCAAUACUAUCACGGUCCGAACCUUGAUAGAUUACGGUAUACAGGCUGUGUCAUUCCGUGUACACGGUACAUCUCACGAGUACAACUCCUAUGCUACGACAUCCGACUAUAGACACGGGUGGAUAUUAACCCCGCUGGCUGCUGCUGCAGUCACAAAUGACGUUCCUUUAUGCAAAGAGAUCUUGCGCAUAGGAGCGGAUCCUUUUGACAACAGCGCUCUUCUCUUAUGCUCUGUGAUUGGUUCUAGAGAAGAGUUCGUUGCGUUACUGAUCUCUGCUUUCAAAGCUCGAUAUCCAGAUGGAGCACAAUCUUUCGGGUCUGACGCACUAUACAACGUCAUCAGAGGUGACAAUCUUCGACUACUCAAGCUGCUCGCUAAAGAUGGAGAUCUUACUGGGCCAGUCGAGAAGGAUCGUGGAGGCGAGGGACCUCCAUAUUCUCGAUCUGAUAUAGUGUUCACGAGUCCACUCGGCCAAGCAGUCCUUCAGCAUGCUGAACGCCAGGGCGCUGGCGAAGCGCUCGACUAUCUUCUGCCUCUGGUCAAAGAUCUCAAUGCCAUUGUACACAGAACCUACAGGCAUGGUAGUAUGACUCCUCUACUCUAUGCAAUCUCCCUAGGCUCACUGGCAACUGUUCAGAAGUUGCAUCAAGCCGGCGCAGACAUAUCACUUCCAGCAAAGUGGUUGAUCCCACGAACACCACUACAAGCAGCAGCGCAAGCCGGAAGUAAAGAUAUUGUAGAAUAUCUCUUGAACCAAGGCAUUAUUUCCAACGAAUCCCCUGCAGACCGAGCUGGAGCAACAGCCCUUCAACUAGCCGCAAUCACAGGGAAAAUUGGUGUAGCGACGGUUCUCCUGGAUGCUGGUGCCGAAAUCAACGCGCCACCAGCUUUUGGUGAUGGCAGAACUGCUUUCGAGGGUGCCACGGAACACGGACGUAUUGAGAUGAUGAUCUUUCUCGUCAGUCGAGGGGCAGAUCUUCUUUCGAAUGGGAGUGUACAAUAUCGACGAGCUGUUGAGUUUGCAGAGGACAAUGCACAGCAUGCUGCAAGAAAGCUCGCGGAUGAGUUGUACGGGAAGGUUUCGGCGAGUCAAGGACCGAGCUUCAUUGAUAUGGGUGCGGACGCGUGGGCUGGCGUUGGUGCGAGCGGCUUUGAGAACUUUUUGUAG